AUGGGCAUCGGCCAGAAGGUCGCCAUCCUCCGGUUCCGCGGGUUUUGGGAGGCGGACUGCGUGCCCAGCAAGGUGGUCUUGGAGUGGUCUGACGACAUCAUCACCUGGACAGAGCGCAUGUCUUCAGAGGAGUCGCACACCGCGCAGGGCCAGGUCUUCAAUGACGUCUAUGUGUCCAACAACGCGGAGAAUUGGACCUCCGGAGCUUUCUACCAGGUCGCCUACACCGCAGAGUCGGAGAACGACGUGCUCAUCGAGGGCGUGACGCCGGGCGCAGACUACAACAUCCACUGCUGGUCCACGGACGCCGCGAACACCGCCGGCCCGGAGCUGGAUGCUUUGGCCGUGACGACGGUGGACUUGGUCGGGCCAUACCUGGAGAUGUCCGACGUCAUCGUCACCGACUACACGGUGAACGUCUCCGUGUUCCUGCGGGACCCCGGCAAGGCGUAUCCCGCCCUCUCCACCUGCAUAGCCCGCGAGACUGGGCAGGCGGAACUCGGAACGGAUCGGACCAAAAGCUGGGGGUUGAGUCCGGUGCAAGGCGCUACGGCUUAG